AUGGUCGAAGUAAUCCCGCCUCCAGAUCCUCAUUCUCUGCUGCCGCCGCUGCUAGCUUGUCUCCCUACGUCGUUUGCCUCUCCCAAACCUCCGCCAGUACUGCUCUCUCUUCUGUCCCCGAUACUGCGUCAGCGGCUUGAACUCCACACUUCUGCCUCGUCAAGUGACAACUGGGCAGGUUUGUUAUGUUGGGAUGCACGGAAAGGAGACGUCCUCAAGGACAAGAUCGAAGAAGCAGUGUUCGAGCCACACCCAGUUUCUGGAGAGAUCGAAGUCGGUGACCAUGACCAAAUAAAGUAUAAGCGAUUCGACGAGGAAACACUCCGGGCACAAGUACCACUGCAAGAUUGGCCAUUUACGGCUGUGUACUUAUGGUGCACGGGAAAUGAGGAGGGCAAUUCUUGGAGGCUGGCUGAGCUGCUGCCGCAAGAUUCAGAUCUACAGCAAGACACGUCUUGGUCGUCCUCGAUUACAGAAGCAAAUGAAUCUGCCCAGGAGAGGAUGGUGACAGAGGCUCUACAAGAAGCAGACCGAGCCAAUGCACGGUCAACGCGAAAUCUUUCUGUCCCACAAGCUGAUGAGGACGAUUACUGGGCAAUGUAUGACAGGUCAGAAGGACGAACACCGGCCAGAAAAACUCCAGUUGAACCUGCCCGCAGUGGCCCAUCAGAGGAUGAUUACUAUGCUCGCUAUGCCAGCGUCCAACCUGCUCUGGAUGCGCACGACCCAGAUGAAGAAAUGGAAGACGCUGCAGGCUCGACCUUGAACGGACAUUCGUUGCAACAUUUGUUAUCGGGGGCCCCGUUGGAUUCAUCACAAGAUCGAGAACCUCCGCCAUAUCAGCAAGGGCUUUUCAAAGACAGUGCUGAGGAAAAGGACCUGGCAGUCAACCAACCAGCACCAUCAUCGCCAUCUUCGAGAGGAUCGGACACUGUGGCACGGCUAGAGGAGCAUGCAGAGCGGUACGGCGCCUCUGAGAUUGGAAUCAGGCAGCAUAUCAGCACCACUUUAAAGAGUAUGUAUCGGUUAGCAAAGAGCGCGGGCAUGGAUCGCGACGAAUUUGAUCGCAUCGUUCAGCGGGAGUUGGAAACCUUGAGCAUCUUUGACAGGCAUGACUAG